AUGCUGCUCUCUGUGCCGCCAAGGACAGGAUUCAACCCGUACAACGGCUACACCGGCAAAAACAUCAAGAAGCAGACGUAUGUGUCCCCCUCCAACCAUCAGAUGGCUCCUCCAAGCCCCAACAACAUUAGCAACACCACCACCACCUCCAUCAGCAACGGCAGCAGCAGCAGCUGUGGGGGAGAGCAGCUGAGCAAAACCAACCUGUACAUCCGCGGCCUCCACCCAGGAACCACAGACCAAGAUCUGGUCAAACUCUGCCAGCCGUAUGGGAAAAUCGUGUCCACCAAGGCCAUCCUGGACAAGACCACCAACAAGUGCAAAGGCUAUGGCUUUGUUGACUUUGACAGUCUGGCCUCAGCUCAGAAGGCGGUGACAGCGCUGAAGGCGGGUGGAGUGCAGGCUCAGAUGGCCAAGCAACAGGAGCAGGACCCCACCAACUUAUACAUCUCCAAUCUGCCAAUGUCCAUGGACGAGCAGGAGCUGGAGAGCAUGCUGAAGCCCUUCAGCCAGGCCAUAUCCACUCGCAUCCUCCGUGAUGCCAACGGAACUAGCCGAGGAGUGGGCUUUGCCAGGAUGGAGUCAACAGAGAAGUGUGACGCCAUCAUCCAACAUUUCAAUGGGAAAUACAUCAAGACUCCACCUGGAGUUCCAGUGCCGCCAGAGCCCCUGUUGUGUAAGUUUGCUGAUGGAGGCCAGAAGAAGCGUCAGAGCCAAGGAAAAUAUCUGCACAACGGCCGGCCCUGGAUGAGAGAUGGGGACACUGGAGGAAUGACCCUUACCUAUGACCCCACCACAGCCUUACAGAACGGGUUCUACUCCUCUCCCUACAGCAUCGCCCCCAACCGGAUGAUGGGGCCGACCUCCCUCUCCCCAUACAUGCAUUCACCUGUGUCCACCUACCAGGUACACAACCCAUCCUGGCUACAUCACCAGUCAUACAUCAUGCCGCCCACAGGAGCAGUCCUGACGCCAGGAAUGGACCACACCAUGUCCAUCCAGCCGACCUCCAUGAUGGGGCCCCUGGCACAGCAGCUCAGCCACCUCUCCAUGGGCAGCAGUGGCACAUACAUGCCUGCAAACACAUCUAUGCAGGGGACCUACAUCCCCCAGUACACCCAAGUGCCUGCCACCAACAUCUCAGUUGAGGAAAGUGCCGUCCAACCAGCUGUUGCCAUAGAGACACCCACAGAACACGCAACCUACACCUACCAGCAUAACAAGUGAAGAGGUGGCAGAGAUCUUCCUCUGGAGCCGGAGUGACUCUCAAGGGUCCCAAAGUGCAGAAACUCUGCACUGAGACUCUGCACGUAAGGCACCAGGACACUCGGGAGGAACACGGACUGUUACAAAAAAAAAGAAAAAAAAAAUAUUUUCUACAAACUCAUGUUUUAAAGCAAACUCUUUUACUCCAAACAACCAAGGCUGGAGGAUGGCAGGCAAUGGGACAUGGAAGAACAGGACAAGGAAGCAUCUAUUUUGAUAACAGUCAAAGAAAAAAGUCACAUACAGACACACACUGCAUAUGUUUAAAGGUUUUUGUGAAUGUUAUUCAUAUUCUUUUUUUUUACAGAAUACUACCCCGGGGAGCUAGAAUGAAACCAGGAAUUUCAUUUCAACGCCAUGUUUUAUUUUAAGUCAUGUUUAGUUUUCACCUUUUUGUAAGAGAUGCUGAUUUUACUUCACGUUUUUUGUCUUUGAACCUGCCUUUUUGUAUAUAAUUCAUUGUUUUGGUGUGUUUCUAGCUUCAUGUGUUCUAGUUUGAUUGAUUGGCGCAAAUGUUUGAAUACAGAGCUCAAAAGAGUUUAAAAAAAAUAAAAAAAUGAGCGCCUCUCAAAGUGGCAGCAAAUUUAUCAGGUAUGAAACGUAACCUGAGGCGGUAUCGCUUCUUUUUGGCACUUGACUCUUAAAUAAUUUAUAGUUCUAACAAUCUCGACAAAGCUUCAGACAAUCAGAAGAUUACAAAGAACGUUUAGAGAUGAUUUCACAGAGAAGACUUGAAUAAAAGAGCGACAUAGAUUUAAAGCAUUCCAGAGAUUAUUAUCAGAAAGUCCUAAAUAUUGCUUCACACUGAGAUGCUCCACUUGAGGAAAUCCAAAGUUGCUUAACAGGGAUCACAUCUCGCACAGAGCUGCCUGUAAAUAAGAGAUUUAAAUGUAUUUAGGCUUUCUUUUGUUUUCCUGUUAUCAGUGUAGUAAUGCUUCAGUUAUCUGAAUAACAAUAUUAUACCAAAUUGUCUGAAUUUAGCAAUGUAUGUAUUGCUUUGUUUUUUCAUUUUUUAUCCCUUUUGCAAAAGGGGAAGCUGAAUCUCCACUACAUCCUAAAAGAAAUUAAUUUCUGAAGCCAGAAUUAGAUGUUGUUAUUAUAGAAUGAAGUUCUUAUUACAUAGUCAUGGAGAUCAACUGGUGAAGUGUGGCUCUGUUAUACGCUAUCAAGGUUUAUUAUGGCCGGUUUAAUACGGGCCAUUGUUGUGUGUUUGCAUCUACUUCUGCAUUUCUGUUUUUCACCUUCAUGUUUUUUUACAUUUCUUAUUUAAAGGUUUUCUUAAGUUUUAUUCAGUUUUAAUGCUUUUAAGAUUGAUCCUAUUUUUCAAAGAAGUUUUGUUUUUAUUUUUGAUAGUGCGUUGUGUGCUUCAAAUAGUGACAAACAGAUGUUUUCAACCUUUUUUUUUUUGAAAUAGUGAUUUGUUUGUAUGUUUGCAAACGUCUCUCUUUUACUGACAUUUCAGUUCUGUCUGUGUUACAAAUGUUGCCACUUUGCAGCAUUUCUCCUGUUCACGGAUUAAUUAUGUAUGCUAGGUCCAGAUGCAUUGUUACAGAGUUGUGCCCCAAGCAGUUGGGAACAACGACAGAGAAAUAUAUGUUCAAAACCUCGACUUACCUCAUCCUGCCAGAGAAACGUAGAUUCAGUUUGUGUACAAGGUUCACAGGCAAUAACCAACUACAGUAGGUCUCAUGGCUGUUCACAGCUGGUACUGUGUCCACAUACUUUAACUCUUCCGUCCAAUGUUUGGAAAACACGCCCAAGGUCUGACGAUCUAUGCAAUUAAUUUAUUAUCCUUACAAAUGCAAUAGUACAGAUAUCCAAUAGACACCUCACAUUAUGACAAUGAUCACCUCACGAUACGACUUCCCGUUCUGGCUCACUUUGCUUUUAUCUUUCAUUAUACAUCAUUAUUGUUUGUUUUCUGACACGUUCAUGUUUGGUUCAUCAAUUGUUAGUAACAUUUCUGCAUUAAAAGGGAACUAUUUCAAACCAAAAUCUGGUUGUUAGUAUGACUGUAAAAGAGUAGGAACUCUUAAUAAAUAGAAUAUAUGGCAGGAGAGCUUUAUGUAAAUGCCUACUUGUCUACCCAACUUCUUUUUUUACAUGGACACCAUGUAGAUAUAGUUCACUGAUCCAUCUAGCUGUAUUUUUUUAUGUUCUGGUUACAUUUUGUGUCCGGUCUGGUCCUGUUUGUUGACCUACUUUGUUUCUGAGUAAUUGAUGUGGUUUUCUUCUUUUAAAUCAUGAGACCGUUCAUUUCCAGGAGAAAAUUAAACUUCACAGAAAUGCCUUAGAUUUCACUGAAAGGGAUAAUGAAGUGCUGCUCAGAUUUGUUGUGCUUCUUUUUAUUUCAUGCACUGCUAAUGUUUGAAAGAUGUUUUGUUCUAUCAAACUACUCUGAACAUAGAUCUAUGAAGCAAAGAAACAUUUACAUCUUUAAAUUACUAUUACAUUAUUUCUAUCCCAAAUAUUGAAGAAAAACUGAACGGUGGCUUAUUGAGUCUAAAUAACUAUUGCUGCUAAUGUUGGAUUAUUUAAAAACACAUUUAGGUGAAGGUCUUUGAAUAUAUCAAGUCACGUGGUGUCAGUUUGCUCAUGUUCAGAGAUGUCUGUGCAGUCGUUUGGUUUGUGCAUCAAUCGACCUCCUCUGUAAAUGUUUGUCUGCCAUGUCGCAGGUCUUUGUCCUCUUCAUAGAAAAAACCCUACAGCUAUUAAACUUUUAACUUGGUUUGAUUUGAAACAUGUCAUUGUUUUUGUUUUUUAUAAAUUGUUUCCACUGUG